AUGCCGGACAAAAGAGGGGCAACACUCCUCGAGGAUUUGCCUAGGGAGCUCAUCGACAAGAUACUCGUCCGGCUAACACCCAAGGACGUUGGUCGUUGUCGUGCCGUCAGAACAUCCUGGCGUGAUGCCACCUCCACGAGUGAAUUUAUGCUUGAACACCACCGCUCGCAGCGGUCACUCCCCAUAAUCAAUGGGCAGGGGCGGCCAGCCACUUUCGUUGUCUUCCACGAUGUGGGCGCCAAAGCUUCCAGUCAAGAAAUCUGGCCAUGUCUUCCGGGUGCCAAACAACAUUUAGAGAAUAGCAUCCAAGUCGCAUGUGAUGGCUUCCUCAUCAUCUACCGGAGAUCUCGAUUCUACAUUUGCAACCCGCUCAUCCGCAUGCAUGCUGUCCUACCACAGCCUCAAGUUGGGAAAGCCGGCAACAACGUAAUUGGUUUCUACCGGCACCAUCCUACUGGAGAAUACAGGGUGCUCUGGGUCUCACGGUCACAUAUAUUCAGCUUAUAUGUCCUCACAGUGGGAUCCGCCGAGCCGAGGCACGUCAUAGUCAGAAUACCAACUACAUCAAGACGUUGUGUGGGACAUGCUUCCGUGGAACAUAUGCUACUGAAUGGGUUGCGUUAUUUGCCUCAUUGUCCACCACCAAUAGACCACCAUGGCAGCCUGCAUUGGUGUCCUUAUUCCACCAAUGAAAUUACGGGAGACAGGAGAGACAUUAUUGUGUUUGACACAGAAGUUGAGUCAUUCCGGUGGAUGCAUGGUCCUGCCCAGCCGUACUCUAAUAGGAGGUUAUUCAAAAUGAAGGAGACACUGGCUUUUUGGGGCAGCUCGACUCCUCGUUUCACUGCUAUGGAUGUUUGGGUGAUGCUGGAUUAUGACGCUGAAAUAUGGUCUUUCAAGUAUCAGAUUGAUGUGUCAACAGUGGAGGCAUCACGGCAACUUUAUUUAACUUCUUUCAAAAAGAAAAUGAAAACACCACUUCAUUCAACAGUGCAAUGGUUCAAUGAUAUGGUUGUCCUCAAAGAGCAUGAGCUGCUGAUCAGGUUUAAUUCAAAAUAUGUGCUGCGUCUCGACAUUGAUGGCAAGUUCUUAGGUAUGGUGAACAUAGGAAAGAGUCAAUAUCGCAUGUUGCUCACUCAACACCGCCUCAAACAUAACAUUACACCAAUUAUGUUCCGUGAGACACAAGAAGAAGACAAGGAGUCUCCAUUCUCAGCAGGGCUUGUGUAA